AUCCAAACGGCAGCGAUGGCGGACACGGACACAGAGACGGUGCCGAACGGGAACGCGGCGCUCUCAGCUGAGGAGGAGGACGAGAGGAUGAAGCAACGGCCUGCGGAUAUUGAUGCUAUCAAAGACACAGAGACGGUGCCGAACGGGAACGCGGCGCUCUCGGCUGAGGAGGAGGACGAGAGGAUGAAGCAGCGACCCGCGGAUAUUGAUGCUGACGUCCGCGAAAUGGAGCGUCGCAAGCGCGUCGAGGCUCUCAUGUCUUCGAAGCUGUUCCGUGAGGAGCUGGAGCGAGUGCUGGACCAGCAAGCUCAUGAANCCCAUGAAGGAAGCGACGCGCCUCUCCUGCAGCGUAUAAGAGAGAUGGUUGGCGGGCGGCUGCAUACCGGCAGCCUCAGGGGUCCAGCCUGCGUGCUGCCCAUCAACGACAUCCGAGGCAUCGAGGGUGUGGGCUACGAGAAGGGCGAGAAGAUCCUCCGCUGCAAGCUGGCUGCGGUCUACCGGCUCGCUGACCUGUUCGGAUGGACGCAGACUGGCCUAGCCGGUCAGAUCACCGCGCGUCUGAACACCGCCGUGGAACAAGUCUUGACAACUCCUCGAGGACUCCUGCCUCAUGAGGUGACGGCUUCUUCGUUGGUGAAGGUUGAUAUGCAGGGUGUUGUGCAAGAUCAGGGCACCACUAACUUCCCCGUCAAUCAAGAGGGANCUCAUGAAGGAAGCGACGCGCCGCUCCUGCAACGCAUUAGGGAGAUGGUUGGCGGGCGGCUGCAUACCGGCAGCCUCAGGGGCCCAGCCUGCGUGCUCCCCAUCAACGACAUCCGAGGCAUCGAGGGUGUGGGCUACGAGAAGGGCGAGAAGAUACUCCGCUGCAAGCUGGCUGCCGUCUACCGACUCGCUGACCUCUUCGGCUGGACUCAGACUGGUCUAGCCGGUCAGAUCACCGCGCGUCUGAACACCGCUGUGGAACAAGUCUUGACAACUCCUCGAGGCCUCCUUCCUCAUGAGGUGACGGCUUCUUCGUUGGUGAAGGUGGACAUGCAGGGUGUUGUGCAAGAUCAGGGCACCACUAACUUCCCCGUCAAUCAAGAGGGAUUCUCCUUGCACGCGAGCGUUCACGCAGCGCGUCCCGACAUCCGCUGCGUGUUACAUCUUCGUGCACCAUCCGCUCUGGCCGUGUCAGCCACCACGGGCGGUGUGCUGCCGUUGUGCCACGAGGCUGCGCUGUUGGGACCCAUCGCCUACCAUGAUCCGCCUUACGGCGUCCUCGACAACGAGGAGCGCGACAAGCUGGUCCGCGCUCUCGGGCCGACCUCCACCGUGCUGGUGCUCAGCAGCGCCGGCGCCCUCUGCUGCGGAGCGACCCUCGAGGAGGCCUUCCACCAGGCGCGCCAUCUGGCGGCCGCCUGCGACGUCCAGCUGCGGCUGGCAGCCGUGCCUCGCGCCGAGUUGAAGCCGCUACACGCCGCCCAGCAGGCACAGGUGCGACACUAGGGCGGGACACUAGGGCGGGACACUAGGGCGGGACACUAG